UUCAAUUAACCGUUAGGAUUUUAUUGGCGUGGCUUUACCUUUAAGUUUGUAUUAUUUUGUAUAUUGUGUGUGAAUCGUAGGAUAUAAUGGACUGGUCGCUGAUCAUAUCGAUCCUGAUCAACUGCCUGUAUGCCUACGCGCUGGACGAGGACUGUCCCACGCUGGCCGACGGCGACAGUCUGUCGCAGACCCAGUUGCUGGACCGCUUAACCCAUGGCUGCCGGUACGACCGACUGGAGCGACCCAUCACCUACUCGGAAUCCGGCCAGAGGCUGCCUGUGGACGUCUACAUGCGCGCCUACAUCUACUUCAUGCAAAACCUGGAGGCGCACGAUCUGCAGUUCAAGAUCUACGCCCUGCUCCAAAUGCGCUACCUCGAUCCGCGCCUGAACUUCCGCAACGUAAGCCCCAAGAGAAGGCAACCCAUUUUGGGGGAACAGCAGCUGAGGGACUCCCUCUGGAUGCCGCACAUAUUCCUGGCCAACGAGCGGGACUCCAGUAUUCUGGGUCUCACGGAGAAGGACAUCCUCACCUCGAUUUCCCCCGACGGCACCGUGAUCGUCUCGAACCGCAUUAAGGCCACACUCUACUGCUGGCUCAACCUGAAGAAAUUCCCAUUCGACGAGCAGCACUGCUCCACGGUGCUCGAGAGCUGGAUGUACAACACCUCGGAGCUGGUGCUCCACUGGGAGCAGAAGCGUCCGAUAACCUACGACGGGGCCCUGCACCUCACCGAGUUUGUGCUGCAGCGCUCGUGGUCGAAUGAGACGGUGAUCAACGCCGACUUGAGUGACCUGCGCCACGGAGCCUUCGCCGGCAACUACAGCUCCCUCAGCUUCACCGUGCAUCUGACCCGCGUGGUGGGCUUUUAUCUGAUGGACUACUUCCUGCCAUCCAUGCUGAUCGUGGCCAUUUCCUGGGUGUCCUUCUGGCUGCAGGCGGACCAGGCUCCGCCGCGAAUCACGCUGGGCACCAGCACCCUGCUGACCUUCAUAACCCUGGCCUCGGCCCAGGGCAAAACGCUGCCGAAGGUGAGUUACAUCAAGGUCUCGGAGGUGUGGUUCCUGGGCUGCACCAUUUUCAUAUUCGGCAGCAUGGUGGAGUUCGCCUUUGUCAACACGAUUUGGCGGCGCAAGAAGAGUGUGCCCGUGAAGAAACUGAAUAGUAAACACAUCCUCAAGUCCACCCUAUCGCCAAAUCUGCUGAGGCGGCGUAGUCACGCCAGAUCCAAAUCGUUUUCGGGAACUGCUCUGCAAAAGGCCGCCGACACUGGCUCCCUGGGCGGAGCUGGCUUCAAUAACUAUCUAACCGUCAAUCUGCCAAUCACCACGAUCAAGGAGGGGCAAGUUCUGGAUCCGCAGAGGACCAGGGGAGCAAUUCAGAAGAUGGAUGUUACCUUCGUGGAGAGUGCCUUUGGCUCCAUGGGCGCAGCCCAGUCCACGGGAGCCAUCAGUGCGGCCACCAGCACUCACACUUUGACCAACAAUAACCAGACCGAAAGCGGAACGCACCAGGAGGAGAUCGACCUGAGUGGCUGGACCACAUUGACGCCACAGGAAAUCGCCAUGUGGAUAGAUAGCCGGGCUAGGUUCGUGUUCCCCCUGUCCUUCCUGGUCUUUAACUUGUUUUUCUGGACCUUCGUCUACUGUAUUUAAAUUGAGUCGUUCUGGAAAUGAGCCUUUUAUUUAAAAUAUUGUUUAAUUUGUGUAUUUGUGGCUGUUUGAAGAGCGCUUAGUUUUUUCGAUAUACUAAAAUUACUUAUAAUAUUAUGGUUUCGUUUCGUAUGAGUUUUGUUUGUUUAUCAUUUUCAAAUUUUAUUUUAAAUUGAAAGUUUUUAAAAGUAUGUUGUUUUAAUUUUAAUUAUUGUUAAAAAAUAAGUGUACAAUCUGUAAAAUAAUUAUUGAAAGAAAAGUUAAUUUGAAUAAAAUCAAGGAUUAACAAA